CCCGGAUCACAUGAUCUCGUAGAAACAUGAAACUUGACGAUGCGCUCCAGCGAGUUUUACUUCCCCUGUGCAGGGGUGUUUGCCAGCAGCCUGCGGUUCCUCUCAGAAGUCAGCUCCAGUGGCAUGAGCCCCUGAGCCCAAAGCCUUACCAUGCUGCUCCCUAGGACGGUCAGGAGCUACUGACAUCCCCCUUGGACAGCGACCCACAUCUCCUCUCAAGAGAAAUGGACAAGCUGAAUAAGAUAACUGUCCCUGCCAGCCAGAAGCUGAGACAACUUCAAAAGAUGGUCCAUGAUAUUAAGAACAAUGAAGGUGGAAUAAUGGACAAAAUAAAAAAGCUAAAAGUCAAAGGACCUCCAAGUGUUCCUCGAAGGGACUAUGCAUUAGACAGCCCUGCGGACGAAGAGGAGCGGUGGUCAGAUGACUUUGACAGUGACUACGAAAAUCCAGAUGAGCAUUCGGACUCCGAGAUGUACGUGAUGCCCGCGGAGGAGACGGGCGACGAUUCCUAUGAGCCGCCGCCCGCUGAGCAGCAGACAAGGGUGGUCCAUCCAGCCCUGCCCUUCACCAGGGGCGAGUAUGUAGAUAAUCGAUCCAGCCAGCGGCACUCUCCGCCCUUCAGCAAGACGCUCCCCAGUAAGCCUUCCUGGCCUUCAGCGAAAGCAAGACUGGCCUCCACUCUGCCAGCUCCCACCUCUCUUCAGAAGCCUCAGAUCCCCCCCAAGCCCAAAGACCUCCUCGAUGACGAGGCUGAUUAUGUGGUCCCUGUGGAGGAUAAUGAUGAAAACUAUAUCCAUCCCAGAGAAAGCAGCCCGCCGCCUACUGAGAAAGCUCCCAUGGUGAAUAGAUCAACCAAGCCAAACAGCUCAAAGCCAAUGUCACCUCCAGGGAAUGUCAUAGGUCGGAACAGUGGGGUCUGGGACUCCAAGUCACCGUUGCCUGCUGCACCAUCGCCACUGCCGCGAGCUGGGAAGAAAACAGCCACACCACUGAAGACAACUCCAGUUGCCUCUCCACAGAACGCAUCAAGCAUUUGUGAAGAAAAGCCUGUCCCUGCUGAACGUCACCGAGGGUCUAGUCACAGACAAGACAGUGUACAGUCACCAGUAUUUCCUCCCGCCCAGAAACCUAUCCAUCAAAAGCCUGUUCCUCUGCCAAGGUUUCCAGAAGGGGGAAGCCCAGCUGUAGAUGGACCUUUACCUAGCUUUUCAUCUAAUUCCACUUUUGCAGACCAGGAGGCUGAACUUCACGGUAAGCCCUGGUAUGCCGGCGCCUGUGACCGCAAAUCCGCUGAAGAAGCCCUGCACAGAUCCAACAAGGAUGGAUCAUUUCUUAUUCGGAAGAGCUCUGGCCAUGAUUCUAAGCAGCCAUAUACACUAGUUGCAUUCUUUAACAAGCGAGUAUAUAAUAUUCCUGUACGGUUUAUUGAAGCAACCAAACAAUAUGCUUUGGGAAAGAAGAAAAAUGGGGAAGAGUACUUUGGAAGUGUUGUGGACAUCAUCAAGAACCACCAGCACAACCCCCUGGUUCUUAUUGACAGUCAUAAUAACACCAAGGAUUCCACGAGACUGAAAUAUGCUGUGAAGGUUUCCUAAAGAAACAGACAUCAGUACCACUGCGCCAGACAUUCCCCCAUUUCUCCUUUCGAGAAAUCUUCUGGAUAUGAAUCAUCAGCAACAAAGGGGAAGGUGAACAAAGCCGCGAAGGGGGUAAAAGUCACUCCUUCAUAGGAUGCUCACAUCUAGUGCCUGACCUGAUGAAGUAAUAGCUGGGGAGGUCCAGUUAUUAUUGCUAUACUAAUGUUCUCCAAAUAAAUGUAUUUAAAAGAA